ACCCCAAAGAUGAAGUUGUUCGGGAAUGUGGCCCUUUGCCUAGUUAUCCUCACAGUGAGUUGUUUUGCUGGGACUGAAGCUCGUCGCCUCGCCCUCCGUCCACUGUCAACUUGGGAGUUAAGAGAUGCCCUCGAUGAAUCAGGAAUAGGGGCAGAUACUCCUGCUGGAAAAUCCGUAGUAUCGGGAUUGACGGGUCUUGGUGGACUUGCUCUGGGAGUUGUUAAGGGUAUCGGUGGCUCCAUUCUUUUCGAUGUGGUUACCUCGAACGUCACCAUCGAUUACCUGACAAGCUUGCUGAACUCCACCUCAUCAUCGAGCACUUCCAGUAGCAGUGGCACCGCCCAGGAAAUUUGUUUCAACAGCCGGAGUGUCGAUGGAGAUAUUAUUAAUGGCAGAAGCAAUGAUGAGGUCUAUGACGACAUAGAACCCUCUGGGGAGUGGAGACAAUCUACCACUAGUGUCGCUACUGGGGCAACCGGUACAACAACAUCAGGGUCAUCAGGCAUCACUUGCAUUGUCUUGGGUUCCAAGGGUUCCCGGCGGCGACGACAACUAUAUAUUCGAUCCGGAACCCUACGAUCUGAGUCCCCCAGACGCCGCAGGUCUCAUCGGCAGUCACACCGCAGAUUUCGAAGGAGUAGGCGUUAA